AUGCUGCUGCUCAAGAAACAGACGGAAGACAUCAGCAGCGUCUAUGAGAUCCGGGAGAAGCUCGGCUCGGGCGCCUUCUCUGAGGUGGUGUUGGCCCAGGAGCGGGGCUCCUCACACCUCGUCGCCCUCAAGUGCAUCCCCAAGAAGGCCCUUCGAGGCAAGGAGGCCCUGGUGGAGAACGAAAUCGCCGUGCUCCGCAGGGUCAGCCACCCCAACAUUGUGGCUCUGGAGGACGUCCACGAGAGCCCUUCCCACCUCUACCUGGCCAUGGAGCUGGUGACGGGGGGCGAGCUGUUUGACCGCAUCAUGGAGCGUGGCUCCUACACGGAGAAGGACGCCAGCCACCUAGUGGGCCAGGUCCUGGGCGCCGUCUCCUACCUGCACAGCUUGGGCAUCGUGCACCGAGACCUCAAGCCGGAAAACCUCCUCUACGCUACACCCUUUGAGGACUCCAAGAUCAUGGUCUCCGACUUUGGCCUCUCCAAAAUCCAGACUGGCAACGUGCUGGGCACCGCCUGCGGGACCCCAGGAUAUGUGGCCCCGGAGCUCUUGGAGCAGAAACCCUAUGGGAAGGCUGUGGAUGUGUGGGCCCUGGGUGUCAUCUCCUACAUCUUGCUGUGUGGGUACCCCCCUUUCUACGACGAGAGCGACCCUGAACUCUUCAGCCAGAUCCUGAGGGCCAGCUAUGAGUUUGACUCUCCCUUUUGGGAUGACAUCUCAGAAUCAGCCAAAGACUUCAUCCGGCACCUUCUGGAGCGAGACCCACAGAAGAGGUUCACCUGCCAGCAGGCUUUACAGCAUCUUUGGAUCUCUGGGGACGCAGCCUUUGACAAGGACAUCCUGGGCUCAGUCAGCGAGCAGAUCCAGAAGAAUUUUGCCCGGACUCACUGGAAGCGAGCAUUCAAUGCCACUUCCUUCCUGCGUCACAUCCGCAAGCUGGGGCAGAGCCCGGAGAGCGAGGAGGCCUCAGGGCGGAGGAUGGCCCGUCACAGCCACCCUGGCCUCGGGUCCGGCCAGCCCCCAAAGUGGUGACGCUCAGGCAGAUGCUGAGGCCGAGUGCCCUGACUCCUGGACUCCCUUCCCGUGGGCGGGCCCUUUCAGUCCCCUUUCCCCAGCCCCAGGACCCCGGGCUGGCCUCUGCUGGAAAGUUGGAGAUGUGUGGGUGUGGUGCAUGGCGCUGGGGCAGCAGUGGGUCUCCCCCCUCUGCCACCCAGGCUCCGCCCUCGCCCGGGGGCUGGCGGGGUGCGUCCACGGAGAUCCCGCUCCACUGUCACCGCCACACCCGCUCUAGACGCCGAAGAGGCUUUCCGGGGGCAGCUCUUCCCGCACGCUGUUCUGUGCUUUGCUGACCGUGGUGGUCCUGCUUGUGUCGUGGCCCUCGAGUUUUCCCCAAAUCAAUAAAGACAGACAGAGCGAUGGGCCAGUGGUGAGCUGGAGGGAGGGGUAAGGGACAGGGAUGGGGGGAUGAGGGCAG